AUGGAGAUUAAUGUCUCUCCCUGCAAUUCAUCAAACUUGUUUCUCAAGUAUCUAAAGUUUCCUUUCCAUGUUCAUGUCUCAAUCUUCUUUUUCUUGCUAAUCCCUUCUGUAAAUCCAUUGUCUUUCAACUUCUCCAGUUCUAACCGCACAACGCGAGACAUCAUAAACUUGGAACGUGAUGCAACCUUCUCAGAUCAAGGCACGAUUGAACUCACCGAAUUCUCAUCAGCAAGCGGCUCCACACAAUACAGCAGCGGCAGAGCUUCGUACAAGGAUCCGGUACGUCUUUGGGACAACAAAACUGGAAUCCUCACGGACUUCACCACACAUUUUUCUUUCACCCUUAAUCGGAUGAACGGUUCCCGUACUAUUGCUGAUGGCUUGGCUCUAUUCCUUGCUCCCAACGGUUCCACCAUCCCUCAUGACUCAGGAGGUGGCGCCCUUGGUCUUUUCAGCAACGAUCUUGCACUAAACAAGACAAAGAAUCGUAUUAUUGCCGUAGAGUUUGAUACUUGGGGAAAUGAUUGGGACCCGGUGCCAUACAAUCAUACUUCUGAAGGCCCAAGAAAUCCAAGUUUUGAAGACCCACCGUAUCAUGUAGGAAUUGAUGUCAACUCUAUUGAUUCUGUGAAAACUGCUACAUGGACUAAUAGUAUUGAGUAUGGGAAAACAACUAGCACUUGGAUUAGCUACAAUUCCAGUACAAAAAACCUAAGUGUUUCAUGGACCUAUGGUGAUAAUUCAUCUUCUAGCCUUUCUUACAGAAUUGAUCUGAGGCAAUACUUACCAGAAUGGAUUACUAUUGGGCUCUCUGGUUCUACAGGUCUCUCAGGCUUGCGACAUCAAAUUUACUCCUGGGAGUUUAAUUCGAGUUUGGAGGUCGAGGAAUCGAAUCCGGCUACGACGAGUAAUGUGAGGAAAGCAAUGAUGGUUGGCAUUGUUGUUGGUACAAGUUUCCUAAUGGGUGCCAUGGGGUUUCUUUGUUUUGUCUUGUGGACGAAGAUGAAGAGAGAAAGAAUGGAAAAAGAGGAUGACUCGACCCUUGAUGAUUUUAUGAAUGAUGAAUUUGAGAAGGGAACUGGACCCAAGAGGUUCUUGUGUGGUGAAUUGGCUAGAGCGACAAAUGACUUUAGAGAAGAACAAAAGCUUGGAGAAGGAGGAUUUGGAGGGGUUUAUAAAGGUUUUUUAACUGAUCUCAACAUGGAUGUUGCUGUCAAGAAGGUAUCCCAAAGGUCUAAACAGGGGAUAAAGGAGUAUAUGUCGGAGGUAAAGAUUAUUAGUCAAUUACGGCACAAAAACUUGGUACAACUUAUUGGUUGGUGUCACCAAAGAAAAGAAUUUCUUCUUGUAUACGAGUUCAUGUCCAAUGGAAGCCUUGAUAAAUAUCUCUUUGGACAGAAGGGAUUGUUGGUAUGGGAGAUAAGAUACAAGAUUGCUCUAGAGUUGGCCUCUGCAUUGUUCUAUUUGCAUGAAGAAUGGAAACAGUGUGUGGUGCAUAGAGAUAUUAAACCCAGUAAUGUAAUGUUGGAUUCCAACUUCAAUGCAAAAUUAGGAGAUUUUGGGCUCGCCAGGCUUAUAGAACAUGAUCAAGGUCCUCAAACAACUGUAUUGGCUGGCACUUUGGGUUACAUGGCUCCUGAAUGUGUUAUAACUGGGAGGUCGAGUAAGGAGUCAGAUGUCUACAGCUAUGGAAUUGUUGUUUUGGAAAUUGCUUGUUGUAGGCGGUCUGCUGAGAUAGUGUUAGAAGGAAGCAAGAUAAGGUUGGUAGAGUGGGUCUGGGAGUUGUAUGGAAAAGGAUGCCUUCUUGAAGCUGUGGAUUGGAGACUCAUGAAUACAGGUUUUGAUGUGAAACAGAUGGAGUGUUUGAUGGCUGUUGGUCUAUGGUGCGCUCACCCAGAUAGCAACCUUCGACCCUCCAUAAAGAAAGCAAUGCAAGUCCUAAGUUUUGAAGCUCCAUUGCCUAUUCUCCCAUCUAAGAUGCCUGUGCCCACUUAUCAUAACCCUGUAACGAAUGCACGUUCACCAUCCAUUGAUGCGUUUUCUGUUGCUACUGUUGCUUCAACCAGUUCCAUCUUGUACCCUCGCUAAGAUGAAAUAUUAUAUUUC